CUAUACUACGUGACAUACGAAUAUUAGUCAGUCGUAGUCAGUUGCUCAGUUUAUACAGUCGGUAUUUUACAGCUAACGAAAAGUAAAGUUAAAAUAUUGUAAUUGUAGAUUGAUUUUAUAAAAUUUAUAGUCUAGGUCAACAAUGCGUUUUUUGAAAUAUCCAAUAAUACCUGCCGGGUUGCAACAAGUUAUUCGAAAUUUUUCAGUAAUGAGUGGAAACUUGGAUUACAAGGCGGCAAAGUCUGUCCACGAUUUUGAAGCUAAAUCUAUUAAAGGAGAAGAUGUACCCCUUGAAAAGUAUAAAGGCCACGUUUGUUUGAUUGUAAACGUCGCCUCAAAGUGUGGACUUACUGCCACAAAUUAUAAAGAACUAAACGAACUCUAUGAUAAAUAUGCUGAGUCUCAUGGUCUCCGCAUUUUAGCAUUCCCAUGCAAUCAAUUCAAUGGUCAAGAGCCUGGUGACAGCGAUGAAAUUUGCAGCUUUGCUGAUCGCCAGAAAGUAAAAUUCGAUUUGUUUGAAAAAAUAGAUGUCAAUGGAGAAACAACCCAUCCACUGUGGAAGUACUUGAAGAAGGAAAAGGGAGGUACUCUUGGAAACUUUAUCAAGUGGAAUUUCACAAAAUUCAUUGUCGACAAAGACGGAAAAGUUGUCGAACGACAUGGACCGAAUGUAGAUCCAAGUAAAUUGGCAUCACAUUUGGAAAAGUACUUUUGAGGAUUCAGUACCUCAACUUAUUCCCAGCGCACGGUUGUAAAAUAAUAUUGCUGCUUAUUCAAAUAAUCAGCACAUCACAGCGUAUGAAUUGUUUUCUAUGCAAAGGAAAUUAUUUUUUCAUUAAAAUUUUCAAAUAAUCUAUAAUCCUUUUACUUAUUCAUUCUUUUUUUUUUCGCUAUGAAUAAUUUACACGCUUCCUCUAGAGUAUCAUGUCUGAUGGAAACAUUAAAGUUAUCGAUUUUGUAAUCAACACCUAAUUAAUUAUAAAUAUAUCCGUGCGUAGGUAUCGAUUCACACGCACUGCAACCAAAUUGGGACUUUGUACUUGUUUAAAUAUCAACAAACAAAAAAAAAAAGAACAAAUAAUGUAUCUAAUAAAUACGAUAAU